AAAAGACAAAUGAAUACUGCGAUCCAGCCCCAGGUUGAAAACCCGGACGUGGCAGCCUUGUCGACGAUCGGGAUGAGAAUCAGAAAAGCCGUUGCAGAUGGCUAUAACAACGGGAAUACCAGCAACGGAUUGAAUAAUCCAUAUAGCGUACAAAGAGUACCUUUACCAAGUCACUUGAGUCAACCCCCCUCCUUAACAAACCACGGGUCCACCAUUGAUUCUUGUUCGAACGUAUCGGAAUGGGAAUCCAGAUACCAAAAUAAUAAGAUUGUAACUAUACCUCAAUCAAACUUUGACUCAACAAAUAAAUUGAAAAGAAACUACGAUGAUAUCGAUGAUUCUCCCCAAGCAGCUGACUUGAGCGAUUAUCGUGCCAAGUACGGCCAGUUAAGUUUCAAUGAAGACUUU